AUGAGUGAUGUUGUCACUGUACUUAGAACCUUUUUGUAUCAACUAACAACACAGUUCAAUGUUGUUCUGAAGAUUGUUAGAUCAGAUAAUGGGACUGAAUCUUUCAAUAAAAAUUGUCAUGCUUUGUUUGAUUCUCAUGGUAUUAUUCAUCAGAGUAGUUGUGUCUAUACUUCUCAACAAAAUGGCAUUCUUGAGAGAAAGCAUAGACACAUUUUGGAUGGUGCUAGGGCCUUGGAAUUUUCUUUUAGCAUUCUUGAUAGAUAUUGGGGGGAUGUCUCUUUCAAAGAGCACAUUUUUCCUUUUGCUCAAACUUUAUCUCAUGGUUCUUCUCUUGUCAUGCCUAGUGUGUUACAUGAUAGGGGGAGUUUGCCUAUGGAUCAUGUAAUUCACUCACCAGUAAAUGAUGAUGCAGUUAUUCAGGAACCAACUCAUGCUGAACCAACUCAUGUUGAUAUUGCUACUAUUACAACUGAUGCUGGAAUUCCUAGCAGUGAAAAUACAGAUGCUAGCAGUACAAAUACAGGUGAUAAUGUCAACAUUAAUGCUCACAAUGAGGGAGUAGAGGCUGACAAUCAUGAAGCCAAUAAUAAUGAGAAUAGAAGAUCAGGAAGAAUCACUAAAGCACCAUUAUGGCAUGAAGAUUUUAUUACCACCGGACGAGGAAAGGAAAUAACAUAUCCUAUGUCCAAUUACAUAUCAUACCACAAGCUGUCAGCCAAGUACAGAGAUGUUUUGGCAAAUUUCUUAGCAGUAGUUGAACCACACAAUUUUUAG